CUUAUUUUGCUGUUCACAUUCAGAUUGGAAAAAGGACACUCUUUUUUUUUGCAAUACAUCACACGCUCUACUUCUAUUACUGAUUUUUUGACCAGAACAUCAAAUUGAGCUCGAUCAUGUGGGGGCAAUUGUGUCUACUUUUUGGAGGUAUAGGUUUUACCUUGUAUGUCGCCAGAAAAGUAAAACCCGGGUUUUGGACCAAUUUCAAUAAAAAAUAUAGAGUGAAGGAUGAUUUGUAUCUGUUCCCUUUGGCGAUACAAUUUUUUCGCCAUUAUGUGACACAAUCCUUAAUAACCAAGAAGUUUUCAUUGUGGUAUGAGUACGAAGCUUUGUCACUGGGGAAGAACUCGGACAGCCAGAUUGCUAUGAAAUACCCUAGACAGAUUAAAGAUUUCAAAGAGUUUGACGAACAAUCAUUUGUGGUUGAAUCCCUCACAUAUAGAGAACUUUACAAUGAAGUGUUGCGGAUGUCUUUCAUAUUACACCACGAUUAUGGGAUUGCUAAGGGGGAUGUUGUUACCAUGUUUUUCAUGAACAAGCCAUUGUUCAUAAUAAUCUGGUUGGCAUUAUGGAACUUGGGCGCAACGCCGACGUUUGUGAACUACAACCUAACGUCAAACCCACUAGUUCAUUGCAUCAAAGUUGUUGAAUCGCGUAUUGUUCUUGUCGACGAUGAAUGUAUUGACACGUUCAACAAGACUAGAAGCCAAAUCGAGAAUGAAUUACCACAUUUGUUGAUCCAGAUAGUUGAUGAGACUUCGACAACUGCUCAGUUAAAGGAGCCGAACCGCCCAACAUAUCGUGAGAAUGACAAAAUUAGAGACAGGGGUGUUCGAUAUUGGGAUCCAGCAGUUCUUGUUUAUACUUCAGGUACUACAGGCCUUCCUAAAUCUGCUGUUAAUUCAUGGAGAAAGCUGUUUAUGGCUACCCACUUAUUCCCUCGUUCCAUGCAUAUGGAUCGCUCUUCGAACAUAUAUACGGCGAUGCCAUUGUAUCAUGGAACCGCCUCCAUUUUAGGGGUUCUGCCCGCCUUAUUAGUCGGUGGUACCAUUUCGAUUGGCCAUAAGUUUUCAUUGUCAAGUUACUGGACUCAGGUCAAAGUGUGUGACAGCAAUACCAUCCAGUACGUUGGUGAGGUGUGUCGUUACUUGGUUGAUUCGAAGGAAUCUGUCAACGAGGUAGAAUGUUACGGCAAAAUUAGACUCGCAUAUGGUAAUGGGUUAAGGCCAGAUAUUUGGAUGAAACUGAAAAAGAGGUUUCGGAUACCAGCAAUCGGAGAAUUUUACUCAUCAUCUGAGGCACCGUUUGCAACCACGUGCUACGAGUACAACGGCAUUGGAGUGGGGGCACUCAGAAACAACGGAUACCUUUUGGAUAAGUUCUUAUCGCUCCAGUACACGCUAGUGCGAAUGGACCCAGAAGAUGAAAGCUCCAUAUAUCGGAAUCCUAAAACAGGUUUAUGCGAGAAUCCUGGUGUCAACGAAAAGGCUGAAAUGAUAAUGAGAAUUCUUAAUCCCAAGAACAUUAAGACGACGUUUCCAGGAUACGUCAAUGAUGAUGCCGCAACAUACUCUAAGAUUAUCAGAAACGUGUUUAAAAAGGGAGACGCGUGGGUUAGAAGUGACGACUUGAUGAGAAAAGACGAACUCGGCUGCAUCUACUUUGUAGACCGCAUGGGUGAUACAUAUAGAUGGAAAUCGGAGAACGUGAGUACUACAGAAGUGGAGAACCAGAUCAUGGAGUUCGUGCCGGAUAUCCAGAGCUGUGUCAUUGUCGGAGCACGAGUAGAGAACCACGAGGGUCGGGCAGGCUACCUUUUGGUCCAGACGGUGAACAACAACACUGAAAAUGAGGCUCAACGCCUAAAGAUUCUGGACGAUAUCUACGAAACCGGGCAGAAGCACUUGCCUCACUUUGCAAGACCUGUGUUUAUCGUCUUUGAGAACAUCUCCUUCACCGACAACCACAAGAUCAGCAAGAAAUUGUUCCGGGACCCGGUCUUGCCCAACGGAAAAAACGGCAACUUGAAGGUUUAUUAUCUGGACAGCCAGUCCAAGGGCUAUAGACCGCUAGACAGUGUAACGUAUGCCCAGAUCGCAAAUGGGAAGAUAAGGCUUUAAUGAUAGCGGUAGUCGCAACAACUAAUAACAAUGCGAAGAAGUCCGUGUCCCUGCUACAUAUGUAGCAGUUCUCAACAUUACUAGUCGAGAGAUUUUAUAGCCUUUCCAGCCUCUGGAUUACUCUGAGGCCAACAAUCCUCGAAAUGUAUAGUUUUAUCUUUUGAUGCUAGAUUCCGUAAAGCAAGCCGGUAGUGACAAAAUGAGAAACAAAGU